UAGUACUCAAGUACUAUGAAAUUUAAAUUUUGCUCUUUUGUUUUACAGUUACUGCCAUCAUCUCCUAUUCGUAUUUCUAAUAGUCGUCUUCAUCAAAUUAAACUGGAAGAAGGAAUGGACUUGAUAAACAGAGAAACUGUACACGAAAGAGAGGUGCAAACUGCAAUGCAGAUCAGUCAGUCUUGGGAAGAAAGUCUGAAUCUGAAUGAUAGUGAUGCUGAGAAAUCAUCCUUUCUGAAGCUAAUUGAAGCUAAUUUUGUUCCAGUUUCCCCAGCACCUUCACCCACCAGGGGAAUUGGGAAGCAAUGUUUCUCGCCAUCAUUGCAAAGUUUUGUGAGUAGCAGUGGAUUUCCUCCAAGCCCUAUUCCCAGUCCAACAAGACGAUUUACAACCAGAAGCCAUAGUCCCAUCAACUGUAUUAGACCAGGUAUACUUGGAGCAGUGAAAAGAAAAGGCGAAAUGGAAACUGAAGAUCAGCCAAAGAGAUUUUUUAAAGGCAUAACCAAUAUGCUUUAUUCUGAUGUUACACAUCUGUCAGAGCUAAAUGUGUGUUUGUCUUCAGAUACCUUUGAUGGAAAUAAUCCUACUGCAGAAUCUUCUGGCAGUUCACCAGCUAAAGUCACUACUACCACUGACUCUCCCAUAUCUCCUUCUGAAUCCAGCUCUUCAUUUAUGUCAGUAGAUGAACUCAUAUCUAAAUGAAAACCCAUAGGAGACUUACAUUUUCCAAAUGAGAGAAACCAUAUUGGAGUGAACAGAAGUCUAAAAAAUUUUUCAAUUAUUUCCUUUUUGACUUUACUCAUUUUUAAAAAAUUCUAAAGAAUUUAACAGUUCCCAAAGAUGCAGAUACAUAAUAGAAAGCCUCUAGUCAUUUUUUAUUUAAAAAAAAAAGUAAAAACUGAUGCCAUAUUUGGAAAAGUAGUAGAGGAAUCAGAUGAUUAAUUCCUUAAGCCUCUUCAAACCUCAGUGAUGUGCAAUAAGAAUUCACACUCCCAAAGCCAUCAAAGAAAAAUCUGUGUUUCCAUGUGAAGAAAACUAUUGUAUUCUAAUUUUUCCAGUUCAUUUCAGUUUAGCAAAAUUUUAUUGAAUGCCUAAUAUUUGUAAAAGACUAAAGCAGAGUGAAAUUUUUAUUAGGCAGUAGUAUGACAAUUCUUAAGAUAGAUCUUGAUUUUUAUGGUUAAGCUAGAAAUAUACAUAUUUAAAAUAUUAACUGCUAAUUUAAAUUGCUAACAUGUUGUAAAUAUUAUCAUUUCUCCCUUGUUAGACUAGAGCUAUAUAGGGAAAUUUAAUUCUGAUAAAAUGUACUCUUUCAUCAGUUUGUAACACGUGCUUUGCAAAUUACAUACGCUCUACCUAAUAGGCAUUUUAAAUAAAUAAUUAUUUUAUUAGUCUAGGUAAUUCUGCCUACCUUCCUUAACAAAAAAGGAAAGAAAAGGUGUAAUUCCAUUCCAAUAUUUAUCUAUACCUGGAACAACUUUGAAUUUUCAUUGUAUAUUAAAAAGCCAAUUUCUGACUUUUUUAUCUUAAAAUUAACCUUAAAAAUCAAUCUAUUAUUGUUUUUAAAUUUAUCAAGGAUUUUUUUUUCUAUUAGGGAAAGAGUAGCUCUAGAAAAAUGACAGUUUUAAAACAUUUAAGAUGUUUUAUUAUACCACAAAUAGCUCAGCAGAAUUUUGAAAUCCCAUGAGACAUUUUACAGAAAUAAAAGGGCAAAAAACUGAAGAUUGUGCUGAUGAAGAUUUGGGACGAGAACUUCACUAAGUUAAUCCUAUAUAAGAGUUUUCAUCAUAACAUUUAUUUUCCACUCUCUCAAUUCAGUUUUAUCAACCAGUUAUAAUUUUAAAACACAGCAUUGUGACUGAAGUGGCAUUUUGCCACCACGUCGUUGUCUGUUCACUUAAAUUAAAUUUAAGGUUCCUAGAUAUCAAGAUCAUAAGGAUGUUUAAUAGAAGGAUCCUUUUCUUGGAAUUUUUUCCAGAUUAAUAUUCUGACCAAAAGGUUACUUCACAUUUACAAACUGUUUAUUCUAUGGUUUUGUAUUUUUGCUGUCAUCUCAUACUUAAUUAAAGCUACCACUUCUUGGCAUCAAAUGAUUUCAUUUUUCUUUUGUCUUCCGGAAAGAUAAUUUAAAAUGUCUCUUCCAUGACCCUCCUGAAAUAAUUAAGUAAAGGACAAAGUCAGGUAUGAAUUUGUCUUAUUUCGCUUGUCAUGUUCAUGGGUUUCUUUUCAAAUUCCAAUAAAAGAGUUUUGAAAA